GCGGACGGCAACAAAGCGAUGAUAAAACCAAAUAAAACUGGAUCUGCGGAAAUUUACGAUUGAACAUUUUGCUUUACGUAGUUGCUACCAAAAUUCUGAAUAGUAUAGAAGGUGUCGUAUAAUUACUUUUAACAGUGAAUUCCAUCAAGCACAAGGCGCAAGCAACCAGCAUGACUCAACCCAUGCAGGUAACUACGAAGGUCUGGGAAUUGCAAAAAAAGCUAGGCUCUGGUGGUUUUGGCGAAGUUAUUCUCUACAGAAAUAAGGAGACUGGUGAACAGAUUGCCUUCAAACGAUGCAAAAUCGACCUGGAUGAAAAAAACCUACAUCGAUGGCAGCAAGAAAUUGACAUCAUGAACAAACUAAAUCAUGAAAAUGUAGUGAGGGCACGGGACGUUCCUGAGGAACUUCUAGAGCCUCAAGGCAUGCCGAUACUUGGCAUGGAAUAUUGUCAGGAUGGGGAUCUUCGAAAGGUUUUAAACCUUCCUGCCAAUGUGUGUGGCUUGGAUCAAAGCACGGUGUUAACGUUGGCCAAACAUAUUGCCUCAGCUGUGGAGUACCUCCACUCAAAGCGGGUAAUCCAUCGAGAUUUGAAGCCGGAAAAUAUAGUGAUGCAGAGAAAUGAAGAGCAGAAGAUCAUAUACAAAUUAAUUGAUCUAGGGUAUGCCAAGGACAUGGACCAAAGCAGUGUUGCAAGGACAUUUGUUGGGACAUUGCAGUAUCUUGCUCCAGAACUGUUCACUGCUAAGUCUUACACCAACACUGCUGAUUAUUGGAGCCUGGGUGUGCUACUGUUUGAGAGUAUUUGUGGAGUCAGGCCUUUCCUGCCAAACAUACCACCAGUUCAGUGGCAUGGUACUGUAGGACAAAAGAAGGAAAAUGACAUCUGUGUGUACAUUGAUUUAUCUGGAAAUCCAGUUUAUUCUGAACACAUACAUGAACCCUUCCAGCUUAGCAAGUGUUAUCAGAAUAUGUUUGAAGUGUUUCUAAGAUCACUGCUGCAAUGGGAUCCAAGUAAGAGGGGAGGCCCAACUGAUGCUAAUCGCAGAGCACAGUGCUUCAUUUUAUUGGAGUCUAUCCUUAACACAAAGCUUGCGAAUGUUUUCUGCGUCAAUAGCCAAUCUGUCCAUUCUUAUCCAAUUGAUGAAUCCAGCACUUGCCAAUCCCUAAAGAUUGCUCUUGCUAAAGACACCGGUAUUGCAAUCGAAGAUCAGGAUAUUUUGUUUUCUACCGGAAAAACCCUGGAUAUGCAAGCAAGUGCUCUUCAGUGUUGGGGUGGCAAUGACCAGAGUGAAAUGACAGUUUUUCUAUUUCACAAAACUUAUUUAAACACAGAACCUCAACAGAUUAGCAUUCCAGAAAGAGUUGAACAUAUCUUACAAAAUGAAGACACUUUACUACCCUAUGGAGAGCGUAAAAAAGCUUGGGGCCAGGGAUUGUUUCUCAUUACAGACAUGGAUAGAUCUUUCAACAAACUCCUAGAGGGCGCUAGAGCAGCUGAAAUAUCUAUGCUGAGUGAAUUAAAUCAACUUAACAGGUUAAAUGACUAUCUGAAAAAGAUGCAAGGGAACUUAGAGGGUGUCCUCGACUUCUUUAGGACAAGUGCAAGACAUGAUAUUGAAAUGUACCAACAACAAGCAGUAAAUGGAAUAACAUCUGAGAAAAUACACAGAUCUUGGCUUGGAUCUGAAAAGACUGUGGACCAAAUAUUGCGUAGUUCAAAGCCAGAAGAACUGGAACAGAAAAUGCUGUUGUUGAACACGAAAAUAAAUGAGAUUAGAAGGAGUCCAAUCAUACGACAGCAAUCUGUAUUGACUACCUAUGUAGUUCAAACAACUAACCUGUACGGACAAUUAAAGAAAAAGGCCAAAGAUGAUGGGCAUUUGUUUAGUGAUAGUGUCAAACUGGUGAAUCAGUUAAAACCCUGUCUUGAUAUGAGAAAGAAGCUCACCAAAGAGUUAUUGUCACAUAUUCAAAAAAUAUUACACAUUAAACAAGAAAUUCAGGACAUUUUGAGGGAAAUGCAAGUGUUUGUUAAAAUUAUCCAUGAAAACACAAUUCAAAUAAAGGGUGUUCAAAUACAGAGACAAUCAGAUAUGUGGAACCUGUUGAGGAUUGUGUACCAAAAAUUGAACAGAACCUCGGGCGACUACCAGAGCCUAAAGCGAUCACUGUCAACAAUGAGUGAUCCAACAAACAACAUUUCUAUGUCUGCUACAAGUGCUGAGACGCAAGACUCACUGACUCUCAUGAAUGAAAGUGAUACCACCCAGUCUCAGUUUGAGCAGAUGUUUAAGUCGGUUCUUCUGGAGCAAGAGAAAUCUGCAGCUCAAGCGCAGUCUAUGGAUUGGAGUUUCGUCACUAAAUCUUAACACCAGCAGUUCCAAAAACUAACCUCUGAUUAAAAUGGACUAUUCCGCAAAGCCCCACUCUUGGAUAUUGUUGCUGAGGUCCCACUAGAUGACAGCAUAAAUGUAUGCAACAGAAUUUAGCUGCUCAAGUGCAGUCUGUUGAUUGGAGCGUCAUCAUCAAACCCUAACACCAGCAGUUCCGAAAACUAACCCCUGCUUGAAAUGGAGCAUUCCGCUAAGCCACAACCCUUGAAUAUUGGAGCUAAGAGCCAACAAAAAGUCUGUAAACAUGUGCACUUAUGGGACAACACAUUAUGUGUUUUGGGACAUGCGCAUGUUUGUGGGACAUGCGCGUAUUUUUGGCCUUGUUCUGAUUGCCAGUUGGUAAUUUGAUUGACACUCCGGAAUUAUCCAUUGAGUCCCAAGGUCAUUAUCAAUAAGGUAUUAAAGUAAAAGGAACUCCUAUUGGUUGAAGUUCGGUGAGUAUUAGUUGGAUAUAGAUUAAAAAGAUUAUGUAAAGAUCCCUAUACAAUGCUCAAAUUACUGUAAUUUAUAAUAUGUAUUAUGAGUUUGAUUAUUUUUAUUUUUUCAGAUUAAAAAAAUUGCAAUAUUAAGAAUGUGAAUCCAACCUGGUUCAGUGUUUCUUUUUCAAAAUGAGGCAAUACACUUUGAACCAUUGUUUCUUGCUUAAUGGUCUUGCUUAAAGGUCAAUGAACCUUGAUGGCUAACUUAAAUGCAUUAGUUGGACCAAUUGUUAUUAUUGCUGGAAUUUAGUAUUAUGAAUUCUAGCAAGUAGUAUUUAUCUGUUACUUAAUUCAAAUUAAUUUGUUUUAUCAAUCAAGUUUCAUAAAUCCUUGAGUAUGGUAUACAGAGAAAUUGCCAAGGAAACAGUUUUUUAAUUGCCCAUCGAAGAUAGGAUUAUGUAGUCGAUGAUUUGUAGGAAGGUCGCAUGAACAGUUGUAUGCUCUGAAAAAAAUUGCCUUUAUCUUCAUGUGCCAAUUAAUCUAGCAAUAUGUAACUUCGAUAGAUGAUGUACAUUGGUAGGUAAAUAAUAAUAACAGUGCUUGAAUAUAAGCUUUUUUUUCUGUUCCAACACCGUAUAGGUCUUUGUGGUAUGUCACUUGCAUUACAGGAACUGUUAUUACUUUAUCUAUUUGUUUAUAUCAAUGUAUCUAUUU